AAUGUAUUGCGUGUUUAAGUACUAUCAAGGGCGUGACAGUUUAAUUAAGAUUUGUCCAGUGAGAAUAAACUGUCUAGUAUUGUACAGGUCCUAAUUAAGAUGUUUUGAAGAAGGUAAGUAAAGUAAACCAAAUUUGAUCUAAGAUAGAGUGGGCUACAUAAAAGUGCAAAAUGAUAUUAAAUAUUCCCCCUGGCAUGUGGGAUGUGUGUCGCAGUACAAUCUCAUAAUAUCCCAAGCGUUGGCAUCAGACGUUAAGUGAAAGAGAUUGGACGCGUUUUCAUGAAUCAUUUCCGAGCCUGCAUUAUUUACAAUAGCUUGUAGCUGCUUGUCACCAUCCUCGUGCGAUAGACUAUACCUGGCAACUGGCUUGGCAUCUCUCACCCGUAGUCUCCACGGGCUUAUCUAUACUCAUAGAGGGACACUGAAGACACCGAAGGAACAUUUCAAGCCCUCGAGGUGUUACAACGGAAGAUGGACACACUGCAUUUACUUUUAGCCCCAUGGUGAGAUGAGCCAGUCUGGGAAGAUGCACGCUGUGUCAGACGGGGCCCUCUCCCCCAGGCCGGACCCCAGUGGCCCGCAGCAGGCUGGAGCCGCCUCCUCCGUUGGCGAGGGCACCUUCCAUCGCUCCUUCCUCCCCCUGCCGGAGCCCGAGGCCUGGCGGAUGGCCGGUCGGCAGGGCCUGACCCCAGGGUCGCGCUCCUGCUCCCUCCAGGUGCCGCCCACUGUCUCCGGGAGCGUGCUGCUGCUGCUCCCGCGCGCCGCCACCUUCGACGCCUCGUACGCGCGGGACGGGGCGCUGGCGGGGCUCAGCACGCCGCCCCUCAGCCCCGGGGGCAACAUGCAGCGCCGCGGGGGCAUCAUAGACCAGCGAGACGUGGUGCGGGCACACCAGGCACACAAGAUCCAGAGCACGCCACAGGCGCGCAGGAAAGAAUGGGAAAUGGCCCGUUUUGGGGAGGACAUACCCAGUGUGAUGGAGCCCGGAGAGAGUGCCACGGAGCCUGCAGCGGAUGGUCAGGGAGACGCGGAAUCGACGGGCGAGAUGAAACAAGCCAAGGCACAGCGAGCUCUCACUAUGGCCUUUUACAACCCCACUCCAGCCAGACAGAACUGCUUCACUGUCAACAGGUCCCUUUUCAUUUUUGCCGAGAACAACCUUAUCCGUAGAUGUGCAAGGCGGUUCAUAGAAUGGCCUCCGUUUGAGUACAUGAUCCUGGCCACCAUCAUAGCCAACUGCAUCGUGCUGGCACUGGAGCAGCACCUGCCUGGGGAGGACAAGACACCGAUGGCCAAACGACUGGAGAAGACGGAGCCCUAUUUCAUCGGCAUCUUCUGCUUCGAGUUCGGGAUCAAACUGGUGGCGCUGGGAUUCGUGUUCCACAAGGGCUCCUACCUGCGGAACGCCUGGAACGUCAUGGACUUCAUCGUGGUGCUCAGCGGGAUCUUGGCCACGGCGGGGGCUCACAUGAACAUCCCAGUGGACCUGCGGACGCUGAGGGCGUGUCGGGUGCUGAGACCCCUCAAGCUGGUGUCGGGGAUCCCCAGCCUGCAGAUCGUGCUGAAGUCCAUCAUCAAGGCCAUGGUGCCGCUGCUGCAGAUCGGCCUGCUGCUGUUCUUCGCCAUCCUCAUGUUCGCCAUCAUCGGCCUGGAGUUCUACAGCGGCAAGCUCCACCACACCUGCCAGCCAGUGCCACACAUCCUCGAAAAUGAGACGGUGGACUCGGCAGAGGUGGAGUUCGCCUGCGGGGUGAGGAAGUGUCCCGAUAAGUACGACUGCAACGGCACGUGGAUCGGCCCCAACGACGGCAUCACGCAGUUCGACAACAUCCUGUUCGCCGUGCUCACCGUGUUCCAGUGCAUCACCAUGGAGGGCUGGACGGCCGUCCUCUACAACACUAAUGAUGCGCUGGGCUCCUCCUUCAACUGGAUGUACUUCAUUCCGCUCAUCAUCAUUGGCUCCUUCUUUGUGCUGAACCUGGUGCUGGGAGUCCUGUCUGGAGAGUUCGCUAAGGAGAGGGAGCGUGUGGAGAAUCGGCGGGCCUUCAUGAAGCUGCGACGUCAGCAGCAGGUGGAGAGAGAGCUCAAUGGCUACCGCGCCUGGAUAGACCGAGCAGAGGAAGUGAUGCUCGCCGAGGAGAAUAAGAACUCUGGAAGAUCGGCGUUAGACGUUCUUAAACGAGCCACUAGUAAGAAAAAUGCAAGGCGUCGGGGACCAGGAGAGGAUAAAUACUCUGAGAUCUCCACCGCGGGUGGGUCUCGGCCGCGGGUGGGCAUCCGCACGGCGCGCCGCGGCCCGGCGGCGUACAUGAGGCGCAAGGAGCGCAUGCUGCGGAUCUCCAUCCGCCGCAUGGUGAAGACCGACUCCUUCUACUGGGUGGUGCUCAGCCUGGUGGCCCUCAACACCAUCUGCGUCGCCAUCGUCCACCACAACCAGCCCGACUGGCUCACCAUAUUCCUGUACUAUGCUGAGUUUGUGUUUCUGGGACUGUUUCUUGCUGAGAUGUUCCUGAAGAUGUAUGGCCUGGGGUUCCGACUCUAUUUCCACUCAUCUUUUAACUGUUUUGACUGUGGGGUGAUCGUUGGCAGCAUCUUUGAAGUGGUGUGGGGAUUCUUCCGCCCGGGCGUGUCCUUCGGGAUCAGCGUACUCAGGGCACUUCGACUCUUGAGGAUCUUCAAAAUAACCAAGUACUGGGCGUCCCUCAGGAACCUGGUGGUGUCUCUCAUGAGCUCCAUGAAGUCCAUCAUCAGCCUGCUCUUCCUCCUCUUCCUCUUCAUCGUGGUGUUUGCUCUUCUGGGCAUGCAGCUCUUCGGUGGCAGGUUCAUCUUUGAAGAUUACACCCCCGCCAACUUUGACACAUUUCCGGCUGCCAUCAUGACUGUCUUUCAGAUCCUGACCGGGGAGGACUGGAACGAGGUGAUGUACAACGGCAUCCGCUCCCAGGGAGGCGUGAAGUCCGGCAUGUGGUCCUCCAUCUACUUCAUCGUGCUCACGCUGUUCGGGAACUACACUCUGCUAAAUGUCUUCUUGGCUAUCGCAGUGGACAAUCUGGCCAAUGCACAGGAACUGACAAAGGAUGAAGAGGAGGAAGAGGAGUUCUUCAACCAGAGGUUCAAAGGCCGAGAACUUGGCUUGUCUGAGACCCCUGCAGGACUGUCAAGAUCAGACACAAGUUUGGCCUGUGUAACACCAGCUGUUGUGUCUGUCUGUUGUGAGUUGAAUACACUAAUGUCUUGUUUUCACUCAUUUGUCACAUGGGCUUCACAAGAAUGUGCCUCUGUAAGAAGACGAAGGCCAUACCUGUACAGGAAGCGAGCCAUCCACCGUGGCCGCCCGGCCCCUGGCGAGGAGGAAGAGGAGAGCGCACCGCCCAUCAGGGGGAGGGGCCACGCGGCUGAAGAGCCGCCCCCCAAUGCCCCCUUCGGCAAUCGCCGCGGUGGGCGCCAGAAGAAGUCUGUGUGGGAGCAGCGCACGAACCAGCUGCGCAAGCGGCGUCAGGUGGCCAGCCGCGAGGAGCUGUUCGGCGGCGGCAGCAGCCCCACCGAGGACCACCUGGACACCCCCGCAGGGGACCACGCGCCCUCCCUCUCGCCCGACACCAGCCCGGGACACCUGCCCGAGUCGCCCAUGUCAGUGGCCAUGGCCAUGCCGGAGCCGCCCAUGUCCAACCCGCUGCCCGAGCCGCCCGAGUCGGAGCCUCUGCCUCUGCCCAUGCUGCCCUGCGUGACGGAGGAGCGGUCGGGGGCGGGGGCCGGGGGCGGACACCGCUCCAACACCGAGCGGAGGCACCGGGUGGCGAGGAAAUUCCGCGCCGCAGCCGUGGUGGCGGGCAUGGAAGGGGGAGGGGAGGGGCGGCACAGGAGACACCGGCACAGAGAGGCGCGCAGCAGAGACUCGCCCACGCAGGCGGACGGCGGGGACAGGAAGACCUCGGAGUCUGGGGGAGCUGAAGGAGUGGGGCAGCCAGAGGAGGGUGCCAGCCAGGCGGAGAGGGCAGGAGAUGGCCACAGCGAGUCCAUGCCUGAUGUGCUGGGCCUUCAGGCAGCUCCUGAGGAUGCAGAGGCCCAGCCUCUGAUGGAGUCUGUCCAGGCAGGGCAGGAGGACGAUGGGGAGGCUCCAUCGCCGGACCAGCAGGUGGCGCAGGAGGGAGGGCUCGAGCUGACGGAGAACGCCAGCAGCUAUCUGAACCAGGAGGAGCCCCCCGCAGACAGCAGCGUGGUCAUCGAGAUGUCCGGGGCACAACCACUGUUGGAGCUAGUCCCCAUGACUGUGGGUCAUCCCAGAAAGACCUUAGCCCAAAGACCCCAGAGAGUGAACUUUAAAGACUCGGACCGCGGUGAGAGAGAUGAAGAGGAAGGCGAGGAAGAGGAACCCAACCCACCCAAACCUGUGGCGCCAGACAGCAUGUUCAUCUUCAAGGCUUCCAAUCCGCUGAGAAGGAUAUGUCACUACGCGGUGACCAUCCGCUACUUUGAGAUCACCAUCCUCCUGGUGAUCGUGGCGAGCAGCAUCGCCCUUGCUGCAGAGGACCCGGUCAGCACAAACUCGGAGAGGAACAAAGUCCUGAGAUACUUUGACUAUGUCUUUACUGGCGUCUUCACAUUUGAGAUGAUAAUAAAGAUGAUCGACCAGGGCCUGAUUCUGCAUGAUGGCUCAUACUUCCGGGACCCGUGGAACUUUCUGGACUUCAUUGUGGUGGUGGGAGCGCUGAUAGCCUUUGCUCUGACCAAUGUGAUGGGGAACACCAAAGGCCGAGACAUCAAGACCAUCAAGUCUCUGCGCGUCCUCAGAGUCCUCCGUCCUCUCAAGACCAUCAAGAGACUCCCUAAACUGAAGGCGGUGUUUGACUGUGUAGUCACCUCCCUGAAGAACGUCUUCAACAUCCUCAUCGUCUACAAGCUCUUCAUGUUCAUCUUCGCAGUCAUCGCUGUGCAGCUCUUCAAGGGGAAGUUCUUCUAUUGUAAUGACGCCUCAAUGAACACGGAAAAGGAAUGCCAAGGCUACUACAUCGACUACACCCGAGACAGGAAGGAGGUGAAGAAGAGGGAGUGGAGGAGACACGAGUUCCACUACGACAACGUGGCAUGGGCCCUGCUCACCCUCUUCACCGUGUCCACAGGAGAGGGCUGGCCUCAGGUCCUGCAGCACUCAGUCGACGUGACGGACGAGGAUCACGGGCCCAGCCGUGGCAACCGCAUGGAGAUGUCCGUCUUCUACGUGGUGUACUUCGUGGUCUUCCCCUUCUUCUUCGUCAACAUCUUCGUGGCCCUCAUCAUCAUCACCUUCCAGGAGCAGGGGGACAAGAUGAUGGAGGAGUGCAGCCUGGAGAAGAACGAGAGGGCCUGCAUUGACUUUGCCAUCAGCGCCAAGCCCCUGACCCGCUACAUGCCCCAGAACCACAAGACCUUCCAGUACCGCAUCUGGCACUUCGUGGUGUCGCCCUCCUUUGAGAACACCGUUCUGGUCAUGAUCGCCCUCAACACAGUGGUGCUCAUGUUAAAGUACUACUCCGCUCCCCCUGCGUACGACACCGUCCUGAAGCACCUCAACACAGCCUUCACAGUGCUCUUCUCCCUGGAGUGCAUCAUGAAGAUUAUGGCCUUUGGCUUAGUGAACUACUUUCGGGACACAUGGAACAUCUUUGACUUCAUCACCGUGUUGGGCAGCAUAACGGAGAUUGUGGUGGAUUUGCAGUCAAUCAACACCUUCAACAUGAGCUUCCUGAAGCUGUUCCGAACGGCCCGGCUCAUCAAGCUGCUGAGGCAAGGCUACACCAUCCGCAUCCUUCUCUGGACCUUUGUGCAGUCAUUCAAGGCACUUCCGUAUGUGUGUCUGCUCAUUGCCAUGUUGUUCUUCAUCUAUGCCAUCAUCGGCAUGCAGGUGUUUGGGAACAUCAAGCUGAAUGACGAGAGCCACAUCAACCAGCACAACAACUUCAAGUACUUCUCCAGCGCACUGAUGCUGCUCUUCAGGAGUGCGACGGGCGAGUCGUGGCAGGAGAUCAUGCUGUCGUGUCUGGCGGGGCGGGAGUGUGAGCCCGACCUCUCCAUCGCUCCCCCCUUCACGUCCCCCGACCACGAGGGGGGAUGUGGCACCGACUUCGCCUACUUUUACUUUGUGUCCUUCAUCUUCUUCAGCUCAUUCCUGAUGCUGAAUCUCUUUGUGGCUGUGAUCAUGGAUAACUUUGAGUAUCUGACCCGAGACUCCUCCAUCCUGGGCCCCCACCACCUGGAUGAGUUUGUGCGCGUCUGGGGGGAGUUCGACCGUGCCGCCUGCGGCCGUAUCACCUACAACGCCAUGUACGAGAUGCUGACUCACAUGCCCCCCCCACUCGGCUUAGGGAAGAAGUGCCCAGCCAAAGUGGCCUACAGGAGGCUUGUCCUGAUGAACAUGCCCGUGGACGAAGACAUGAGCGUCCACUUCUCCUCCACUCUCAUGUCUCUCAUACGGACGGCCCUGGAGGUCAAAAUAGCUCGAGGUGGAGAGGACCGGCUGCAGCUGGACACGGAGCUGCAGAAGGAAAUCAGCAUCAUCUGGCCGCACCUCUCGCAGAAGACACUGGACCUGCUGGUGCCCAUCAACAAAGACACAGACAUGACAGUUGGAAAGAUCUACGCCUCCAUGAUGAUCAUGGACUACUUCAAGCAGAACAAAGCCAAGAAGCUGCGGCGCCUAGCAGAAGAGCAGAAGAACAGUCCUACUCUCCCUCUCGUCACACAUAGUGCUGGCUCAGCCUUGACGAGAGGAGGUUUCUUGGCACUGAGCCCCAUCUCACCACAGGAGCUGUUCAUUCAGCCCAUGACUCAAAACAUGGAGGACAGCCACUCUCUGGUUGGGGAGUACAAAGGGUUUGUGGGAGCGGCCCUGGCCCUCUCUGGACGGGCUCUGUUUGUGCGGGCGUCCUCCAUGCCCCGUCUGGCUGUAGACGCACAGGUGGACGUGGACACCAGCGUGAUGAAGCGCUCCUCGUCCACUGUGGGGGAGCAGGGUGUGAACGGGUUACUGCGGGAGGGCUCCUCCCCAGAGCGAGUUUACCGGCCGCGACACAAGAGCUACAAGGCUGCAGUGUCGCGCACGGACCCGUGGAAGCAGGGCGAGCGGGAGAAGGAGCGCGGCCGUUCCAAGGAGCGCCGCCAUCUGCUCUCCCCAGACACCUCCCGCUGCACCUCCCGCUGCACGUCCGAGGACCGGAGCCCCCAGCCCCGCACACGCUCCCCCAGCCCGGAGAGGCCGCGGCCCGCCAUCAGACAGGGCAACAGCUCUGACAGCCCGGUCCCCUCCACGUCUGAGUCCAGCACCCCUAGUGUCCGGAGGCCCUCGUCCCAGACCCCGACGCGCUCACGCCCCCACAUCUCCUACUCGCCCCUGGUGUGCCGCACGCAGGCCUCCUCGCUAGCCGACGGCGACGGCGACGACGAAGACGACGGGGCCACCCAGCAGACCGAGGUUCGGGUCAGGGAGGCCUCGUGGGACGCCGGAGGAGAAGAGGAGGAGGAGGAGGAGGAGGAGGAGGCGGUGAAGGGAGGGGGGGCGGAUACAGACAGGGACAGCGACGACUACGUGUGCGCGGUCCCGCGGCGCUACCCCUCGGAGCCCUACCUGGCGCUGCCGGACGACGAGCACAGCCCCGACCCCUCGGCGCCCAUGGAGACGCUCACCUUCGAGGCGGCCGUGGCCACCAGCCUGGGCCGUGCCAACACCGUCAGCGCCUCGGUGCGCACGCGCUCCCGCCUCGGCUGGCAGAUCCCCAACGGACACUUCCGGAAGCGGCUGGCCCAGAGCGCCUCCACGGCCGGCUGCCCGGUCCUCAGUGACACGGAGGAAGAUGACAAGUGCUAGAGAGGGGGCGGGAAAGGAGGAACAGAGGGGAGAGGAGCAGAGAGAGAGAGAGAGAGAGAGAGAGAAAGAAAGAGAGAAAGAGAAAGAGCCAUAGCACAAUCGCAAGAUCAAAUGUGCAAUUAGACUCCAAACAGAGAAGAUGUAUACAUAGGACAUUAACACACAAACCAACUGAAACUGCAAAACUGAUGUUUAGUUUGGACGGAGAUCGGAGAAGACAGGCAAUAGUUACUGUUGGCAUGAGAUGUGUAAGUGCACGAGUAAUGUUCUGUGCACUGUUGCUGUUGUUUGUGUUGAAAGGCUGCUGCCUAGGGCCUCAGACUCCAGUGUUUGAAGUGGUCAGAGAGAUAAGGUACCAAACACUGGGACUCAUGUGGAACAUGGCAUCGCACAAAAAGAAUGCCCUUUAAAUGAAUAGUAUCAAAAGGUGAUAUCUUAGAUGUAGAUGUUGGAUAGAUUGAAGUACAAUAUUGCAUUACAUCAAGUGUAUUUAUUAUUAUAAAUUGCAAUUGAAUUCUGAAGGUAUUCAUGUAAUAUACUGCUUCAGGGUAAAUGUGCAGAUAUUG